UGGAGCAUUUUUAUGUUUUCGAAAGGUUUCUAUAGAUGAACCAGCUACCUUCUUAGAUUAUAUAGCUGGUGGUAUAAAAAUUAAUUUAGUGGUGGCAAUUGAUUUUACUGCUUCAAAUGGUGAUCAUAGAUAUUCUAGUAGUUUACAUUAUAAUAAUACAAAUGUUGAAAAUUCUUAUCAGAAAGCUAUUUCUAGUGUUUAUGGAUUUGGUGCUAAAUUUAAUGGAGU